CAUCAAGAGGGGAGAUGAUGAUAUAGACACAAGUCUACUGGCUGCUCGGUCACAUCAAUUUCUAUUUCAAAAGAGGGCUCAUCUGGCACGCGCGCCGACUCGCUCACCAUGGCAAACUCAUUCGUGCUUCAGCCCGACCAUCACGACUUCACCCCCCCUUACCUGUCAAAUCCCGCCCGCCACUCUCCGGUCUUGCGCGAGCCCGAGGAUACUCCCAAGGCCUUUUAUCCUGGACAGCCCAAGUCGCUCUCCGGGAUCGCCCUCCGCGCGUUCUGCCUGGGCAUGGCCUUGUCAGCAAGCAUCAUCGGCAUAGCCUCCAUCCUAGUCUUCACCCAGAGUCCCAUCUGGCGCGUCCCUUUCUUCCUCCUAUCUCUGUCUACUUUCCAUUUCCUCGAAUUCUGGACCACGGCCGAGAGAAACACCGCCGUGGCCACCAUCGACAGCUUCCUCCUAACGGCAAACUGGCCGUCUUACGCAAUCGCCCACUCAGCCGCCUUCAUAGAGUGCAUCGUCGUGACCGUCUUCUUUCCCAAUCGCCACUGGGCACCUUUCAAUUCCGACCGCCUGCUUCUUUUCGCCGGCCUUUUUCUGGUCUCUGUCGGCCAGGCUGUUCGUUCCAUAGCAAUGCUGCAUGCCGGAGCCAGUUUCAACCAUAAGAUCCAGACGAGGAGGGCGCAAUCGCAUCUCCUCGUGACGACUGGCAUCUACGGGUGGCUGCGGCAUCCGAGCUAUUUUGGUUUCUUUUACUGGGGCUUGGGGACGCAGCUUGUGCUAGGGAAUACGAUCUGCUUUGUGGUCUAUUCGGCUGUGCUAUUCAAAUUCUUCCAGAACAGGAUCAAGGUGGAGGAAGAGAAGCUGGUGCAGUUCUUUGGAGAUGAUUAUGUCGAAUAUAGGAAGAGAGUCGGCACUCUGAUGCCAUUUCUAGGGUAGGAUUUCAAUUGGCCAGGUUUUGGAGAGACGAAUAACAUAAUAUUUUCCAACCAUUGAUACCGAUAGGCAUGGUAAGCAUUCACAAAGUGGCAAAGCCAGCGAUCAUCAUUAUGUGUGGUGUUUAUAAUAUUCGCCUAAAUUGUGUAAUCAUCAUAUCUACCUAAUAGUAAAGUAUCUCUUUUUCUAAAGACUGCUCUCAUAACUCCCACACACACAUCAUCCAUACAGAAUCAAUCAGACAGUCAUGUAUAUGCUUCCAAAACCGCUUAUUAGUGGUGUGCCAUUUGGGGCAUCCUGCUCACACUGCCAUACUUGGCCUGCCAGGCGUAGAAGUACAUUAAAGCGGCGAAUGGCUGUCCAAAGAUUGUGAAUGAGACCCAAAAGAUGACGUUUCCCAGAAUGCGGCCACCGUGGCCGAGUUUCAUUUUUUCGAGAGGAGUGGUGAUGGCAAUAAGAGGAAGCUGAAGGAACAUGCCAAAGAAAGCGACACCAUGAUGUUGUGAGUUGGCACACCAACAGCAAUCUCGU